CUGGGCAGGAAUAGCGUGCAGAUGGAGACCAGCGACACAGCCAAAGCGAAUGACGGACUUAAGUUUACGCCUGAUUCGGUGACUGCAAGUGUUGGCGAUAUAAUAUUAUUUCGAUUCUAUCCCCAAAACCAUAGUGUAGCUCGAUCAGACUACCUGAGUCCAUGUAUUCCCUACGAACUUACCGGUGCCGGCCGGCAAGGUUUCUGGAGCGGCUUUGAACCCAUCAAUGUCGUGUUGUCAAACCCUCCUACAUUUCAGGUUAUGGUUAACGACACUUCUCCUAUUUUCUUUUAUUGUUCAGCCCCAGGCGCAUGUGUACAUGAUGGGAUGGUUGGAGUAAUUAAUCCAAAUUCUACACAGACGUUAGCCACUCAAAAAUUGUAUGCUGAAAACUCGACUCUGGCGCUCAGUCCUGGUGAGGGAUUUCCUGUUGAGGGCGCACCAACGAGCACUCCAACGAGCACUUUGGGGGCCACGAAUACUUCCCCUCCGCCUGUAUCCGCAUCUUCACAACCACCUUUAUCAGCAGGAGCUAUUGCUGGCAUAGCUGUUGGAGGAUCUGCGGUUCUUUUACUUGGGGCAGCCCUGGUUUAUUUUUGCGGUCGCCAGCGAACAGUGAAGGAGAUAUUGCAAACACAAGCUGUACCGCGACCAACAUCCUAUCAACCAGGAGCUGCGCAUAUGUCAUUGGCAUCGUCAGCAGGAUAUCUACCGAAGUAUUCUAACCUCAGUGUCGACCCAAUGGGGCCAAUGGGGCCUCACAGUUUUUCAAGUCAAGGGAUGUACGAUCAGCCUUCAGGCGCUGAGACCGAGAGCUAUCGCUCAAGAAGUCCACCUCUAGAUGAGACCAGAGAGUCGAUGAUGUCUCAUAUAAAUUACUCCGGGUCGCCAGGAACCACCAGCCCUGGUCGUGUUGACAGCCCUCCAGGGAGGUUGCCGGUUACUCCAGGACGCCCCAAUUUAUUACCCAUCGAGGAGAUGUAUCAACCGCUUGGAGCAGAUGUCCUUCCUGCUUUGAGAUUCAAUCGAGUCCCUUCACAAACAGGACCUCAUGAGCUUUCGACAGAGAACGAUAAUGCGAAUUCCCUCUAUCAGCCAGUGCCACCACCUCGAGACGAGAGGCGAGAUUCGCUGCUAGGAAGGCAUCAUUCGAGCUCAGGAUGAUCGAGUUAUCUUUCCAAAAUCGAAAAUUAUAUAUUGGUGUUAGGCCAUUAACUAUUAAUUACAUUUAUAUAAAGAUACCAGGUUAGAUAGGGUCUAAGAUAACAAAGGCCGUCAGGGCUGCAGCAAGCGCUAGCUGAGGGGUCAAAUCACCGAUUUCGCGCAGAGCCGCUAUCAAGAAAAUUACAUGAGCAUCUAAUCUCGCUUGGGAAUACUGGGUGUGAGUGUGGUGAUAACAGCAGAUUGAAGAAGGGACAGAGCUGCUGUAGCUAAGUCUGCUCUAUGUAAAAUGUCAAGUACAUUCGUUCACCUUCCUUAUCUCUUGCUACAUGUCCAUGCUCUUUCCUCCAUCCCUUCUAGUGUUUGCUGGCUUUGCCUUGUUUGAUACUUCACCACUCUGUUUAUACUUUUGCCAUCUAGACAUAGC